AUGGUCCCAUCCAUACCGACACCUCCCCCAAACGAGCCACAAGACGACGAAAGACCUGCAAAGGGUCGCGGUCGUCCGCGGCUAAAACAAGGAGUCGAUCCAAAAUCUGGAGACAGUGUUCAAUUGCCGCCAGAGCUUGCUGAAUCACUGUUAUGGAUUCCAGACAAAGAAUCUCAUCCAAUAAAGCAUUCUCUUCCUCCAGAAGAGAUGAUGCAAGACGCCCUCGCCAAUUUACAUGUAUCCUUGCUCCCGAAGACGCAACAUAGAGCAACGCACCCGACUUCUGCUGGACCUCCCAUUGAACCAAGCAUCACUCUAUACUGUCCUAUUGAAGGUGGGACCUAUGUCAUCGAUGAAACUGUCCGCGAACUGGCGCGAAGAACAAACUCGGAAGUUUUAACCUUGGACGCACUCGACCUAUUGGCAGGGGAAUGGGGUCCAUAUGGAAAAGCGGCGGCAGCGCUCCAAUUACCCUCGAAUCCGCUUCAGCUAGGCGAGUUUCAGCAUGCUCGACAGUCAGCACGAGAGGAAGAUUCGGAUGAUGAGGGUGAUAUGGGCUCGGUGAUUUCACAAGCUGUCGAGGGUUUACAGAGUGGUCGCCCACCGUUUGGCAUCACGAUCCAAACACGCAAAAUCAGCAGUGGCAGCAGUAAUCAUCAAUCACGCAAGCAAUUCUUCCAAGAGCUUGUCAAUAUACAACGAAAAGGCGACGAAGAUGCGGAACCCCGUCCUCGCUUGAUCUAUUGUAGGGAUUUGCAGCUAGUCAGCGAGUCCCUACAACACUGGUUCCCAACUUUUGUCGAAGCAGUCAGACUCCGAAGGCAAGGACCAAUGCCACGGGCACAGGGACCUAUCCACAGCCCGACCGUCAUCAUCCUAGGAGUAUCACCAUCCAUCAUUACACCCCGCACCACACCCUUCAUUGGUUCUGAACCAGGAGGUCUGGUUAACUUUAUCACUAACCGUAAUCGCUCUGGAAUGGGCGGCCGGGGACCAGUCAGUCCUCCGUCUCCACCCAAAGUUGUCGAAUGGGACGAAACAAAUGCAGCCCAACGUGCGCGCGAUAGAAGGCUUUUCGAACGUUUGAGUAAAUGGGAGAAGCAAGAUGCUAGGGUGUUCUACUCUGAAUUGCCAGACCUCCACUUGUCUUCUGACUCUCCAAAUCCCAGAGGACCACCUAGAGGAUUAAUGAGCUUGUUUGUCGCCCUGCCUGGUGUUGGUGGGCCCCCAGCUAUUGCUCCUGCUCCUCAUGAGGAGGAUUCGCCUCGAGAACGACCAAGCGACCAUGAAAGGAUGACUGUAAUCCUUCCCAGGGCUAGAGAACCCGGACAAGAAAAGGCUACUCGAACACAAAGGCGUUUACAGGCAAACGAAAUCAACAUGCGGACGGCGAUAGGUAGCCUUGGAGGCAAGCUCGCAGACAAUAGUCUGCAGGAACACGCAGCUCAAAUGUCUAGCGACUCCGAGUCGAAUCAAAAUCACACGCAGUCAAUGAUUUCAGAUUGGAAUCAACGCGUAGAAACCUGGCAACAAGUCAAACAGGUCGCUGAUCGCGCAAUGGGCUUGUUGGCGGGACUCAAGAAAAAUAGUGGCACGCCCACUCUGGAACCCACAGAUGUGUCGUGGAUUGCCGUGGCCGAAGGCUGGAAUCAAGAGCGAACGGCAAGCGCGAACCGUAAAGAUUUCAUCUCGAGUUUUACUAGCAAGCGUGUGAUCGAGCACGUGCAGCCUGAAAGAGCCCAGGGGACCGAAGAAGAUGAGGACUUUGAAGAAGACUCUGACUCGGAAAUCUCGGAUAUCGAAGAACUCAUAGAGCAACUUCGCCGUGACCCCUCGCUAGACCAGCACGAACAACGACUUCUUGGCUCUAUUGUCAAUCCAAAACACCUACCGACGACGUUUGCCGACGUUCAUCUUCCGGCUGCGACAAUAGACUCGAUACGGACGAUUGUCUCGCUUCCACUCCUUGAACCCACAGCUUUUAGCUAUGGGGUGCUGAAGCAGCACGGCAUGAAUGGUGCUCUUCUGUUUGGAGCACCAGGGACGGGCAAGACUCUUAGUGUCAGAGCUUUAGCGAGGGAAAGCGGUGCUAGAAUGAUGAUUGUCAAGCCGUCGGAUGUCAUGGACAUGUAUGUAGGCGAGGGCGAAAAGCUUGUCCGAGCUGUUUUCUCACUUGCGCGACGGAUAUCGCCUUGUGUCGUCUUUAUAGACGAGAUAGAUGCACUCUUAGGUGCACGCUACUCAGCCAGAAGUAGCGGCGGAGACUUGGCACAUAGAGGCGUCAUCACAGAAUUUAUGCAGGAGAUGGACGGGCUCAAGAGUAGUCGUGACACGAAUGUCGUUGUUAUUGGUGCGACAAACCGGCCAUUCGAUCUAGACGAUGCUGUCUUGCGACGACUUCCUCGAAGGCUGUUGAUUGAUCUACCUGGGGCGAAAGAGAGAGAAGCGAUCCUUCGUAUCCAUCUCGCCGACGAGCAAUUGGCGCAGGAUGUAGACGUCACCAAGCUGGCCGAGAAAACGGAGAGCUUCUCCGGAUCUGACCUCAAACAUCUUUGUGUUGCGGCUGCGCUGGACGCGGUCAAGGAACAUACCCACCUACCGUGGAAUACCCCCAAGGACCCGUCGACAGACGUCGACACUAAGCCAAAAUCCGUGGAUAUCAAGUCCUCACAAUCCGAAUCUUCUACAGACGCGAUCAAAGAUCCAAAUACAGAGAGCCCGUCAUCAACCGCAAAGGAAGAGAGCGAGGACACAUCAAACUCUGAUAAGGAGGAUGUUAAACCAAGACGCAUUCUCAGGAUGUCACACUUUGAAAAGGCGCUCAAGGAGAUUACACCGUCUGCUUCCGAGCAGCUAGGUUCGCUCGCCGAUUUACGCAAAUGGAACGAAGAGUUUGGUGAGGGCGGACGAAAACGCGGACGAAGAAUAUGGGGAGGGAAGUUUGGCUUUAUUGUCAAGCCGGAAAAGACAGAGGAGGGCCGGGUGCAACAGCCAUAG